CAAGCCGGGAAAAUCAUUGUAGAUCAGUUUUUUUUCCGGGAAGAACAAAAAUUUCUGGUAAAAUCUGGGAGUGAAUAAAGGAAAGCAAGUUCGAGUGGAGAGAGAGAUGGGAGAAGUGGGGAAGGCGAUGGGAUUGCUGAUUAGCGGGACGCUUGUGUAUUAUCACUGCGUAUAUCGCAACGCAACUCUUCUCUCUCUCUUCUCCGAUGUUCUCAUUGUUCUCUUAUGCUCCCUCGCCAUUCUCGGUCUCCUUUUUCGCCAACUCAAUGUAUCGGUUCCAGUGGAUCCACUAAAGUGGCAAAUAUCACAGGACACAGCAAGUAACAUCGUUGCACGCUUAGCUAAUACCGUUGGAGCAGCAGAGGCCGUUCUGAGGGUUGCAGCAACAGGACAUGACAAGAGGCUUUUUGUCAAGGUCGUAAUCUGCCUUUACUUCUUAUCAGCUCUCGGACGACUCAUAGCAGGUGUAACCGUUGCUUAUGCAGGACUAUGCAUGUUCUGCCUCUGCAUGCUCUGUCAGAAUUCUCAAUUUCUUGGAAACUGUGUACUGAAGCGAGCAAACGGCGAGAUUUUAGAACAAGAAGCACAUAUUGAUACAUAACCUGUCUAGCUUUUGUUUUUUCUUUCUACUUUCUCAUGUUCAUAUCUUCAGAAUAGAUACCCCUAAUGUACACACCACUCGUAUACUGCCUGGUGAAAAAAUGUAAUGAUAUUGUUUCACCUCCACACCGUAUAUUUGCAUAUCUUAAAUCUAUAAAUUUGUUUUGUUUUAA